AUGUCAUAUUCGUCAGAUUCAAAAACGAAAAAAGAUCCAUCAAUCGAUGAAACAAUCGUGAAUUAUAAUAAAACGGAAGCGGUUUUUUCAAUAAUUGCAUUGGCACUUAUGAUAAUCGGAUUCAUAUUUUCUUGUUACACGUUCAAUAACACGAGAUACAUGUUUAAAAGAACCGCCGGAGGAAUACAUUUCUUAUCAACUGGAUCGACUUUAACGGUUAUCGAAGUUGUUAUUAAUUCCAUCGAAUAUGAAAAAAAACAUUUACCAUUUACUUAUCCACCGGGUGCAACACAUAAAUACGGUUACAGUUUUGUAUUGGCUUGGUUAGUUUUCAUAUGUAAUCUUUUAUCAGGUUGUGCCUUCAUAUUAUUUUCAAAAAAAAGAAAAGGACAAAAAGCACCAAAUGAAGAAAUUGCAAUGGCGGAUUGUCCGACGAUUAUAGGAAGGUGA